AUGUUUAUAUUACCACCCCCUCCUCCACGCUAUACCAUCCCCAUAGCCUAUGCUGCGGGGGCGGCGAAUGGUAUGGCGGUCCCUGUUAUCGAAACUAAUAACACGGUCACUCACCCAGAAGGGGGAUGCCCUCUCCAGAUGGGAGAAGGAACAUACACACUUAAAGAUGACCUUCUGUUGGCAACACCACCGCCUCACCCCUCCGAAGCACCGAUAAUCAAUCCAAACCCCCUUUCAACUGUUCCAACACCUCCAACAUGUGGCGUGAAGUUAUCUCUGGUUACCCUCGAUCCUCGCAAGAAGCCACCUACUUUUAUGAAGGCAAUAUCACCGGUUCCUCAAUUUGGAGACGGCAAUCCUGCCCUCGCGCCGCCGGCCCAACCAGUAAAGGACAAGGAUGUGCUGAAGCGACGGAAGCCGAAAAAUAAUAUUAUCAAGAGCAGCUCUUCUUUUGUCUCAAGAGUCAUCACCCACGAGACCUCGGCAAAACGACUGAGUGAACGUGACCCGAAUGGCGUGUUUGCCUUUGCCAAUAUCAACAGAGCUUUCCAAUGGCUUGACCUUAGUUCGGCGCAAAAGGAGGAGCACCUUACCAAGGUGCUCUUCACAAAGGCGCAUAUGCUAUGCCAUGAUAUCAACGAAUUGACCAAGACUACCACCCACUUGGAUGUUGUCAUGGGCUCAUCUGCCGGUGACAUCAUAUGGUACGAGCCCAUGUCACAGAAAUAUGCUCGUAUCAAUAAGAACGGUGUUAUCUGCAAUUCCCCAGUCACGCACAUCAAAUGGCUUCCCGGGUCUGAAAACCUCUUCAUGGCAUCACAUGCAAAUGGAUCAUUAGUGGUCUACGACAAGGAGAAGGAAGAUGCAAUGUUCACCCCAGAGCCUGCCACUCCCCACGAGCAUGGACCGAGCAGAUUCCCCCUUGCAGUUCUCAAGUCUGUCAACUCGAGGAACCAGAAGAGCAAUCCGGUAUCACUGUGGAAGCUAGCGAACCAGAAAAUUUCGAGCUUCGCCUUCUCUCCAGAUCAGAGACACCUAGCAAUUGUGAUGGAAGAUGGCUCGCUCCGUCUGAUGGAUUACUUGAAAGAAGAGAUUCUGGACAUUUUCGGCAGCUACUACGGCGGCAUGAUUUGCGUCUGCUGGUCGCCCGAUAGUAAAUACAUCUUGACCGGUGGCCAGGAUGAUCUCGUGACAAUCUGGUCUUUCCCCGAACGGAAGAUUAUCGCAAGAUGCCAAGGCCAUAAUUCAUGGGUGUCGUCCGUGGCAUUUGAUCCGUGGCGUUGUGAUGAGAGGACCUAUCGUUUCGGCAGUGUUGGUGAUGACUGCCGGCUACUUCUUUGGGAUUUCAGUGUUGGCAUGCUGCAUCGGCCUCGUGCGCACCACCAAUCAUCCGCUCGUAAUCGCAACAGCCUUUAUAUACCAAAUUCUCAGCCCGACCACCGACACCGUGCUGAUAGUGGCGGUAACCGGAUGAGAUCCGACUCGAAUAGAACAGAUAAGUUCGAUAUUGGUAUCGACCCACUGGCGACUCAUCCCGUUGAGCCACGUGCCCGAACGGCCUUUUUGCCUCCAAUCAUGUCCAAAAUUGUUGGCGAAGAUCCUAUUUGUUGGCUAGGAUUCCAGAACGAUUGCAUCAUGACAUCUUCCCUCGAAGGCCACAUCCGAACCUGGGAUCGUCCGAAUGACAGCGUGUUCAGCCAAAGCCAACGCCUGUGA